CACUCACCCUCAGAGAUUUCUCUUCCUUGUAAUGUCUCUCUCGACAAUCUCCGUCGCUCCUUUCCCCGUGAAAAUGAAGAUGGGUGAAUUGAUUUGUGAGAAUCCCAGAGACCACGCCACCUAGGAAUAAUGGAUCACGUUUCUAGUCUCACCCUAAGCUUCCCCCUCCAGCUUCUCACUCCUCAAGGCGCACUUGGGGCCACAUUCACGUUCUCGAACAUAUGCGAUUCCAAGAUUAGCCUAGGAUUCUGGCCAAUGCCGGCAGCCCUAAGCCUGGAAGCACCGGAUUCGAGCUUGUGGAAGGCUCAACCCGCUCCUUCCAAUCUCCCACGGGCUGGUCGGGGCGGUUCUGGGCUCCAACCGACUGCACAUUCCACGGCUCAGGCUCUGGGUCCUGCUGCACCGACGACUGCGGGACGGGUCUCGUCGAUUGCAACGGUCUCGGCGCCGCCCACCGCCACACUAGUCGAGUUCACCCUGGGAACCAGCGUUCAAGACUUUUAAGACGGUCAG